AGUUUGUAGUUAUUUUCGCUUAAUUAUAUCGUACGAGUCAAAUGUGAUUUUAUUUCUCUAUCAAUAUUCAAAUUAUUUAUAUAGAAUGUUCUAUGGAAUAAUUAAUAUUUGUUGGAUUCCGUUUGCGGGAUUUGUUUCAUUUUUGGUUUUGUUAUCUGCCAUUAACAAAUCGGUCGGUGUUCGAAAGGCAUACGUAAAUAUACUUUUAAGGAUAUUUGAGUAUGGUCGAGUCAGCAUCGAAUCGGCGUCAAAAGUGAAUCAAGCGAUUGCCAAAGACAAAAUCAAUGUUGAUCAAACACCGGGCGUAGAACAAGUUGAUGGUAGCAAUGCAAAGGAGUCAAAUGAAGCUACAAACGGAUCAGUGUUGAUCACUCGAGAUGUCGUUCUUCUUCCCGAGGCUCAAGAGUCAGCGCAUGAUAAAACCAAUGGCACCAAAAAGGAGGAGAUCUGCUUUGAUUUUGAAAAUUGCUUGGAUUAUGUAAAAUCGGGCGUGGAAGCCAUUAUCGAGGAUGAUGUAACAUCACGAUUCGAAGCCGAGGAGCUUAAGAGCUGGAACAUGUUAACACGUACAAAUCGUCAUUACGAAUUCAUAUCUUGGAAAAUAACUAUGAUAUGGGUUAUUGGAUUCGCUAUACGCUAUACGAUAUUGAUGCCUCUUCGCGUAUUAGUUUGCUUCAUUGGUGUUGUAUUUGCAGUUGUUGCCAACGCGUUUGUGGCAUUAAUACCUUUCCGAUUUUUGCGGCUCUCCUUAGCGGAUUUGUCAUUUAAAAUUACAUUUCGCCUUAUAUCCAGUUCCUUGUCAUCCCUUGUAAUAUUUCACAAUAAGCAGUAUAAGCCCACAACUUCUGGGUUUUGUGUAGCAAAUCAUACCACCCCAUUGGAUGUGGCAAUAUUAUCAACAGACUGUACAUUUUCCUUGGUAGUGUGGUUAACAUUAUGUACAGCUGCUGUGGGAAAUCUAAAGGAUGGAAAGCUUAAGCGUGCUGUUGUAAGUUAUGUUCUUGGUCAGUGUUUCGGUGUCUUGUCCAGCGCCAUUUCCGCUGUUAUCACAUACCAUAAUGAAGAUAACCGCCCGUCGUCAGGUAUUUGUGUGGCAAACCAUACCAGCCCAAUCGAUGUACUGGUACUGAUGUGUGACACAACCUAUUCUUUGAUCGGACAACGACACGGCGGCUUUCUUGGUGUCUUGCAAAGAGCGCUGGCAAGAGCGUCACCGCACAUUUGGUUUGAAAGAGGAGAAGCGAAGGAUCGCCACCUCGUAGCUGAAAGACUGAAACAGCAUGUGUCAGAUCCAAAUAAUCCGCCUAUUCUUAUUUUUCCGGAAGGCACUUGCAUUAACAAUACUUCAGUAAUGCAGUUUAAAAAAGGCAGCUUUGAAGUAGGCGGCGUAAUAUAUCCCGUAGCUAUAAAAUACGAUCCAAGAUUUGGCGAUGCUUUUUGGAACAGUUCAAAGUACUCAAUGAUGCAGUACCUUUAUAUGAUGAUGACCUCAUGGGCAAUUGUCUGUGAUGUUUGGUAUCUUCCACCAAUGUACAGGCAGGAAGGAGAAUCAGCUAUUGACUUUGCGAACCGCGUUAAGGGAGUGAUUGCGAAGCAAGGAGGAUUAGUAGAUUUGGUUUGGGAUGGCCAGCUCAAACGAAUGAAGCCCAAAAAGGAGUGGAGAGAAAUUCAGCAAAUUGAAUUUGCUAAUCGACUAAAAUCUGAUUGACAUUGAUUUUAUACUUUAUAUUUAAAACUGUAAUUACAAAGAUAAAAAUUAUAAAAUAACUGACCUUACUUAAUAUACGAUGUAUAUGAUAGUGAAGCCAAUAA